ACUGCAUUUGUGUCUCCUCACCAGCCAAGAUUUUUAUGGAUGCAAGUCAAAACUUUUUAGACUCCCCAGAAAAUAUCUCUGGAUCCCUGGACUUUGGGAUGUCCUUUGUUUAAUCUAGCAAGCAAAUAACAACUACAAAAAUUCCUGGGAAUUACUGUUGGUGCAGUAUGGCCUUUUUUCUUUUAUUUUUUCCAGCUCCCUGUUGGAAAAUAAUGUUAGCACUUUAAAGACAAUGGAAUGAGAUGGCCUUCCGUCUGGCACGCUCUUUUGGAAUGGGAGUUCAAGCUGGACGAGUCUUGGCUCCAUGGGCAUUCUUAGAAAAGACAAGUGAGCCUUUUUAAAGUCCAAGACGUUCUUCAAAGUCUGUUCGUCUUCACUAGCCAGGUAACUUUCUUGUAUUGAGACAUGAGAUCUUCAGCUUCCAGGCUGUCCAGCUUCUCCUCAAGGGAUUCAUUAUGGAACCGGAUCAUGCCGGACCAGAUCACUGUGUCGGAGUUUAUUACUGAGACGACGGAAGAUUACAAUUCCCCAACCACGUCCAGUUUUACCACCCGGCUACAGAACUGCAGGAACACCGUCACGCUGCUAGAAGAGGCCUUAGAUCAGGACAGAACUGCACUACAAAAAGUGAAAAAAUCUGUAAAAGCAAUAUAUAAUUCUGGACAGGAACAUGUCCAAAAUGAAGAAAGCUAUGCACAAGUGCUAGAUAAAUUUGGAAGUAAUUUCUUAAGUAGAGAUAAUCCAGACCUGGGCACAGCUUUUGUUAAAUUUUCCACACUGACUAAGGAAUUGUCAACACUGCUUAAAAAUCUGCUGCAAGGGUUGAGCCAUAAUGUUAUCUUCACCCUGGAUUCUCUCUUGAAAGGAGAUUUGAAAGGAAUUAAAGGGGAUCUCAAAAAGCCCUUCGAUAAAGCCUGGAAGGAUUAUGAGACCAAAUUCACAAAAAUUGAAAAAGAAAAAAGGGAACAUGCAAAACAACAUGGGAUGAUACGAACAGAGAUUACUGGAGCUGAGAUAGCAGAAGAAAUGGAGAAAGAGAGAAGGCUGUUUCAGCUCCAGAUGUGUGAAUAUCUCAUUAAGGUUAAUGAAAUCAAGACAAAAAAGGGCGUGGACCUUUUACAGAAUCUUAUUAAGUAUUAUCAUGCACAAUGCAAUUUCUUUCAAGAUGGCUUGAAGACAGCUGAUAAACUGAAGCAGUACAUUGAAAAACUAGCUGCUGAUUUAUAUAAUAUAAAACAGACCCAAGAUGAAGAAAAGAAACAACUCACUGCGCUGAGGGACUUGAUAAAAUCCUCAUUACAGCUUGACCAAAAGGAGGAUUCACAGAGCAGGCAAGGAGGCUAUAGCAUGCAUCAGCUUCAGGGUAAUAAAGAAUAUGGCAGCGAGAAAAAAGGAUACCUUUUAAAGAAGAGUGAUGGCUUACGGAAAGUUUGGCAGAGGAGGAAAUGCACAGUUAAAAAUGGCAUUCUGACCAUAUCGCAUGCAACUUCAAACAGGCAACCUGCUAAAUUAAAUCUGCUAACAUGCCAAGUGAAACCAAAUGCUGAAGACAAGAAAUCGUUUGACUUGAUAUCACAUAACAGAACAUACCACUUUCAGGCAGAGGAUGAGCAAGACUAUGUUGCGUGGAUAUCAGUAUUGACCAACAGUAAAGAAGAAGCUUUAAAUAUGGCCUUCCGUGGAGAACAGAGCACAGGGGAAAACAGCCUAGAGGAUCUUACAAAGGCCAUCAUUGAUGACAUUCAGAGAUUGUCUGGAAAUGAUGUCUGUUGUGACUGCGGAUCACCAGAUCCAACAUGGCUUUCAACCAACCUGGGUAUUUUAACCUGUAUAGAGUGUUCCGGAAUACAUAGAGAAAUGGGUGUUCAUAUUUCUCGAAUCCAGUCUUUAGAAUUGGACAAAUUAGGAACAUCUGAACUCUUGCUGGCCAAGAACAUAGGAAAUAAUAGUUUUAAUGAAAUUAUGGAGGGAAACCUACCGAGUCCCUCUCCAAAACCUACUCCAUCAAGUGAUAUGACUGCACGUAAAGAAUUUAUUACUGCUAAAUAUGUAGAUCAUAAGUUCUCCAGAAAGACCUGUGCAUCUGCAGCAGCUAAACUGAAUGAGCUGCUAGAGGCUGUUAGAUCCAGGGAUUUACUUGCACUAAUUCAAGUCUAUGCAGAAGGAGUUGAACUAAUGGAGCCGCUGUUAGAGCCUGGACAGGAGCCAGGGGAAACUGCACUUCAUUUAGCGGUCCGGACUGCUGAUCACACCUCACUCCAUCUGGUUGACUUCCUUGUACAAAACUGUGGAAACCUGGAUAAGCAAACAGCUUUGGGGAAUACAGUUCUACACUAUUGCAGUAUUUAUAACAAGCCAGAAUGUUUGAAGUUGGUUUUGAAGGGCAAGCCAACUUUAAAUAUAGUAAAUCAAACUGGGGAGACUGCCUUGGACACGGCAAAGAGACUGAAAGCUAUCCAGUGUGAAGACUUGCUUUCUCAGGCCAAAGCAGGAAAAUUAAAUCCACACGUGCAUGUUGAAUACGAAUGGAAUCUUCGGCAGGAAGAAAUGGAUGAAAGCGAUGAUGACUUGGAUGACAAGCCUAGUCCAAUAAAGAAAGAGCGUUCUCCGAGACCACAGAGUUUUUGUCAUUCUUCCAGUAUUUCUCCCCAAGACAAAAUGGCUCUUCCUGGUCUUAGCACUCCACGGGACAAACAGAGACUUUCCUAUGGCGCCUUCCCACAUCAGAUUUUUGUCUCUGCAAGCAUGGAUUCUGCAACUUCUCCAACAGCAGUCGAUGGCCCUCCACUUCCUCCAAGAAAUGCUGGAAAAGGUCCAUCGGGCCCUCCUUCAACCCUCCCAUUAAGCACUCCAGCCUCUAGUGGCAGCUCCACUCUGUCUAAGAAGAGGCCCCCUCCCCCUCCCCCUGGACACAAAAGAACCCUAUCAGACCCACCCAGCCCACUACCUCAUGGGCCCCAGAAUAAGGGCCAAAUGUCUUGGGGUAAUGAUUUGGGUCCACCGGCCACAAAAACAGCAAAUAAGUUUGAGGGGAUGUCUCAACAGUCAGGCACCGGGACUGCUAAAACUGCCCUAGGCCCCAGAGUGCUUCCGAAACUACCUCAAAAAGUGGCAUUAAGAAAAAUAGAAACAAUUCAUCUUCCCUCAGUAGACAAAUCCAGUCACCAUUCUGAAAUCUUUCAGAAGUCGGCCUCUCUUUGUAUUGAUCUGCCCCAGAAGCCCCAACCUGCAGAUUUACCCCCCAAACCAGGAGAAUUACCCCCCAAACCCCAAUUGGGGGAUCUGCCUCCAAAACCACAACUUGCAGACUUACCUCCAAAACCCCAAAUGAAGGAUCUUCCUCCAAAGCCACAACUAGGAGAAACUUUGGCAAAAACUCCUGGUGGGGAAACAUCUCCCAGGCUUCAGCCCUCAGAGGCCAAUCAGAAAUCACCUAACGUGGAUCUUUCCCCAAAGAUACAGUCAAAAGAGAUUGUCCAGAAACAAGCCUCUGAAGAUUCUGGAGAUACAACUCCUGGAUCAGCAGAAACCCCUGUGCCACUUCCUAGAAAAAUAAACAUGGGGAAGAAUAAAGUUAGGAGGGUGAAGACAAUCUAUGAUUGCCAAGCAGAUAAUGAUGAUGAGCUUACAUUUGUUGAAGGUGAAAUUAUUAUUGUAACAGGAGAGGAGGAUCAAGAAUGGUGGAUUGGCCACAUUGAAGGAAAGCCAGAACGGAAAGGGGUUUUCCCGGUGUCCUUCGUCCACAUUUUGUCAGACUGAGUCAACUCAGAAACUUGAGUAUUGCACAUUGUUCCUGCAAGUCAGGCUUUUCGCACGAAGCAAACAGCUGCUGCUGCUGUAUCCCUGUAAUUCUGUGCAUAAUUGUGGAUAUUGAUGUAUAUAUAACUGCUGUUAACAGAACAAGAAUUCAUUCCUCCCCAUAUGAGGGGCUUACACUUGUAUUGUAAAUAGAAGGUGUUACUUUGCCAUUGCCAGUAUUAUGGUCAUCGUGGGAGCUGGCAUGCCUUACUGGGUUGCUCAAGCCAUUCCUGGCAUCAAGCACUUAAUUUUUUGUCUGUGUGUAUGAACUGCCAGCUUUCUGAAUAAACUGUUAGUCCCAUUCAGUCCCAUUCAGCUGUACAGAAUUUACCAUUCCUAAUACGUCAGUAUUCUUGAAGUAGAUAACUAGCAGAGUUAUUCCAAGUUGUCAAAAGGAACUGCCGAUGGCAGUUUACGACUAGCAACGUGCACAGUUUACAGCUUGUGAAAUCCACUUCCUUGGUAUUCGUUUGAAAAAAAAAUGUGUCCAGUGUAUCCAUCCAUCAGACAAAAGAAAUAUGCACUGAAGCUACAGGUAACCAGUAGUAUUUUUAUGGUGUGUAGGCCACCUUUCAUGUUUGUGUUCUGUAAUUGCAGUUUCUUCCUGUGGUCCUCACCUCACUUGACUCCAUCCGAACGUCUACAAUAAAAAUUAUUCAGUCUCGCAAAGAAAAGUACAUCAGACUUCUGGCUGGAGGUUUCCUUUCAGUGAACCAGGGUCUCUUUAUAAAGUACAUUCCUACUUGCAUGGCUUCGUGUUCCUCCUUAUAGUCUGUUUAUGCAAGAACAUUACCGACAUCUGUCAGCUUGUCUUUCAGUUUCAAAUAGUGCAGCAUUGUGGUAAUCUGUUUACCACCCAAAUUGAAAUAGCAGCUGAUAAGAGUAUUGGUUUGCUAACUAAUCGGUUCAUUAAGGUGUUGGGGGAUUUCAACCUUUAUUCCACAGAAGCCAUAUUAAGUCACAAUACUCCUAUUGUAUUACUGCCUGGAGAAAUCAAAAUUGUUAGCAAAACAAUUGAAAAAUACCCUUUCCUGAAAAAUAGCAGCUGUUAGAGAAGCCACGGGAACAUCUGGAAAUACCUUUGCUUUUCUGAAUUGAACAAGGCCAAGAAUCUGGCAGCCACAAAAUUAAUAAUUUAGGAAGGACGUGUUUGGACCUGCGAUUAUUAGACUGCUAAAAUUUCAUGGCUGCAGCUUCAACUCAUUCUUUUUAAAAAAUCAAUGUAGUUAAGGACAUACUCAUUUCUGAUACACAUCAGGCUUUGCACAAUCGCCACACCUCUCUGCUACUCAAUUAAGUUGUUUCACUUUCUCUGAUUUCUGCAAGACCCUGAAAAAAAGUACCACCGCUUUCACUUUAAGGAGCUGAUUCCUUAAAGUGGCCAUACCUCCUUUUUUUUUUCAACAGGCUUGCAGGGAAGCCUCCAAACGACAGGAUGAUAAACAGCUGAGAACUGCUGGGCCAAAGCACUUCUUCCUAAUCAUUUUCAAAACAUAAGCCCUUUUGAGAGGAGAAGGGGGAGGGCUAGUGUUUUACUAUACAUUUUGUAGUUUUACAGGGCAGAUAACUGGUUAAAACGUAGCUCAAGUUUCAUUUCCUCUAGAGCAGUCUGUUGAAAUUCCAUCUCAAAAGGAAAGCACGAGUUCCAAUUAACCCGUUGCUUUUGCUAUGGACGUUUUACAAAACUCAGUGUUUAUUUUUGAGUGGUUAACAUGCACAACAUAAUCAGUUUAAGAACUCUUGCACGACAGAAAGCAAAGUAUUUAUCAGCUCUUAUUGGAAAGUGGUUUUCAAACAAUUGCUUCAUCCGGGUCACGGCACAUUUCGUUCCAAGGUAUACGCAUACAAAUGAAUGAGUGAGCCUGCUACCAAUGUCAGUGUUUUCAGACUUGUGCUGUUUAUAUAAAAGCUAGAACAAAAAUGACUUCGCAUUCCAUAUUGCUUAUUGAUGAAAUGUCCUUCCAGUGCGUUAAAGGAGAAAACUCAUCCCCUUUGUCAAGUGUUAUUUUCAGACAAACUCAAAGUCCACUGGUUUUAAAAAAAAGAUAAAAGUGAACAUAUAAAGAUGUGUAAAAUGAUGUAGAGUCAAAUGUCUAUUAUUUUGUAAGCUUUUUGAAGUAGCAUAUGAAUUUUUUUAAAUAAAAUGAGUUCCAUCAGGAACAAGCGCUGACUAUUUGAUUUAGAGUCCACAGGAUAAUUAAGAUGCAAUGUAUGAUACAUAGGUUGAGCUUAAGUACAAGGUUCUAUUUAAACUCAGAGCCACUAUCUGCAAUUUUGUACAUUUCAUUAUAUAUUUGGAAAGCCUGCUUGUGUUGGGUUUUUCCCCCAGGGAGGGAAGUAUGCUCCGGAAAUGAUGUGUUAUCUUACUGUGGAACAGCAAUUGCUAUUUAUUUUUUUAUGACAUACAUGUAAAGAAAACAGAUCUUAUAGUACUAGUUGAUACUGAACUCUCCUUUGAAUGUUACAAUCAUCAUACAUCAGUACAUUUGUUUCCUUAUGUGUUUAAUGUGACAGUUUGAGUACUGUAUGUGUUAAUUUCUACUUUUUUAAUAUUUAAAAUUGCUUUUAAAUAAAUGUAUU